CGCCAGUUGUGCACGAGACAGUCGUCGACGAGCUUUCGGCUAUGACGGUCACGUUGCUUCCCCAGCUGCUGGUAGUACAAACAGAACCAUCACUUGGUCGGUGCAUUGCUUCGGUCAUAAAAGCCGCUUGCUUCAACGGCCGCGCUCGUACCAGUUGAACCAAUAAGGCAUGUGAGAGCGGGAAUCAUCGAGAACGACGAAAGCGAGUGUGACAAAUUGCAUCUGUAGUGAGCAAAGAGAGAAUUGAAAGAAAGUGCAGUGAACGUGCGCGCUCAAACGUGUUCGAAUGGUAUCUGAGACAUUGUGACGUUUCCCUUCUUUAUUUUUUAUUGUGUGUAUGCGAGCGAGUUUGUCUUCCGAAUCAUCGCCUUAUCUGCAUUUGCCAUGACCACUCCGACGCCUUGUUCGCCGUCGCGGUCUUCUCUGAGCUGCUGCCAGUUCGACCAUAGCAGCCAGGACGACAUGCGAGACUCGGCUAUUAUAGGCAACAACAAUUAUUUCCUACAGCAGGAGAAACACUCUUUUCCAAAGAGGCCCGAACUUGACCUGACGUUCCGCGAUAUACGCUAUCGCGUUAAGGAAUGGAGCAUACGCAACUUCUCAAUCAGCGAGAAGGAAAUUCUGCACGGCAUAAACGGCGAAUUUAAGUCCGGCGAAUUAGUGGCUAUUAUGGGGCCGUCCGGAGCUGGAAAGUCGACGUUGCUGAAUGCGCUUGCUGGUUUUACGUAAGUACCAUAAAGACAUGAGGAUUGCUUCUUAAAUAUAUGCUUUAAACUUGACACAUCCAUAGAUCGCCUAUAAGUUUAGAUAUUUAUUCCUUUUUUAUGUU